AUGGCGACCUGCCCGGCUCCGGGUCCUUCCCCUAUUUUCUGCCCUCGUCUGUGGAGUGCCACCGUGAGCCUUGAACUUGUCUCUGCUAAGCCUCUGGUUCACGCCGCGGGCUCCUCAGAGCAGACCAGGACUCAGAGGCCUGAGCUGCGUGGCACAACUAUAAUAACAUCACUGUCAUCAGUGCUGCACAAUGACACAGAAUUCUCCGACCCAAAGACCUUUGACCCAAGUCACUUUCUGGAUAAGAGUGGCAACUUUAAGAAAAGUGAUUUCUUUAUGCCUUUUUCAACAGGAAAACGGGUUUGUGUGGGAGAGAGCCUGGCCCGAAUGGAGUUGUUUUUAUUCCUGACCACCAUUUUACAGAGCUUUAACCUGAAAUCUAUAGUUGAUCCAAAAGACCUUGAUAUUACCCCAGUUGUCAAUGGGUUUGUUUCUCUUCACCCCAAGUACCAGCUCUGCUUCAUGCCUGUCCGAAGUGAACGGUAA